AUGGACCCCGAGGCGUCUCUGGUGCCGGGCGCCGUGCCGCCACAGUCAUGGCGUGCCGGCGACCUCCAUCCACAUCAGCAUCAGCAGCAACAGCAACAGCUGCUGCUGCAAAAUCAGCAUCAGCAGCAGCUACAGAACCAGCAUCAACAACAGCUGCAACAACAACAACAGCACCAGCAGCAUCAACAGCAGCACCAGCUGCGGCAUCCACAACAUCUCCCACAACAGCAACCAUACCAGCGAAUGGGCAAGCAGCUACCGCAAAAGCUGUGGCUGCAGAGACAGCAGCUCCGGCUGCAGCAGCAGCAGUCACAACAAAAGGCACACCGCCCACACCAGCAGAAUCUGCAAUACCAGCUGCUCCAGCAGCACGAGCGCAAACACCGACAACACCACGAGCACCACGAGCAUCGAGAGCCCCACGAGGCGCAAAGCCAAAGCUCGCCACCGGCCAUACAAUCAUCUUCGUCGGCGACAGCUCAGUCAGCCGCUGCUACAGCAGCCGGGCGCAGCGGCGGUGCGUCGUUUGCCAUCUCGUCUGCGCACGGAGCCGUGCAGAAGAGUGUGUUUCGCAGCCUGCACGGCGAGGCAGACGGGGGAGAGGCGCAGACGCCGGCAUCGACGGCAGCGACACCCAAGACGGUCAUGGCAGCAGCAGUCACAGACAGAGACAGACCACAGCCGCCGCUGUGCUCGAGCCGCGGCCGCGUACCGUUUGGUGACUGUACAUGGAUGAUCGAGGCGGCGCGCAAAGACGGCGAAGGCACGGCAGCGACAGCAGCAGCAGCGUCGGGCUCGAUACCGAGCUCGCCGGCCGGCCCAUCAGCCAUCAGCAGCAACAACGGCAGCCUGCGAACAGCGGUGUUCAAGCGACCGGGCGCGAUGCUCUACGCCGGCAGCGGCAACAGCAGCGGGACGCCAUUGCCAGCAUCGCCAUCACAGCCGACCUCCGAAAGCGUGGACAAGAGCAGCGGCGGGCGCCCGAAGCCGUGGCGAAUUGAGGUUCCGGCCAACAUCCCGCAUUACAUUGUGCCGCCACCGGGACGGCGAUUUGGCGGGCUGGCCAAGACGGCCGGAACGGGCUCGUCGACAGCAGCAGCCGGACGGGGCUACGGACAGCCGGUGGGGACAGCCGGACGGAGCGGGACAGCAGCAGGGCGGAUCCAGAAAAGCGGGACAGCCGGAGGAGGAGGAAUAUCGUCGGGCACGGCCGGGCCGGUGGUGCGCUAUAUGGACUUCAACCCGUGGCGCGGGCGGUGCACCGAGGACCGGCUGAACGACACGACGGUGCGCAACGGCAACUACGACCGGGUGCAGAGCAGCCAGGCGCUGACGGCGGAGACGAGCACGGCGCGAGGGGCCUGGCUGCCGACGGCAUUGCGGCGGAACAACAGCACGCCGAUGCUAGCACAGCUGCUGGCGCUGGCGAACGCGCUGGCACGGGAGCGCAGCCAGAUCGCGCCGGGCUCGCAGUUCAAGCUGCCGCCGCGCGUCACGGUGACGGACACGCGGCGGGAAACGUGGCUGCGUGACCUGACAAACGCGGCGAUUCCGCUGCGGAAGCUCAGCCGGACGAUCCCACACGGGCUCCGGGGCCGCGUGCUGCUGGACCAGUGCGCGCAAAAGGCCGUGCCGGUCGACCGGGCCAUGUGGCUAGCACGCUGCGUGGGCGCACAGGAGCUGCGGGCGUUCAAGCGCAAAGGCGCGGCGUCCGUGGCCACGCUGGCCGAGGCAGAGCUGCGCUGGCUCAAGGACUGGACGCUGACGGCACAGCUGUUCCUGGACGGGGCGCUGGCAGAGCUGGACCUGGCAGGGGGAGACCAAGAGGGAGAUCAGGGGGGACGAGAGCGGCUUCAAUAUGGUGCUCGCUUCGUCAGACAGCUCUACGUCGAACGCCUCCUCGACCACGAACAGUUUCUCUACUGGAUGCUCUCCGGGCUCCGAAAUGCGGUCCGACCGCCCUCGGCUGUCGACCCGACACCUUACUUCGGCCUCUGGCUCUUCGUCAUCGAGGCCUACUUUGACGACAUCAUGCAGCGCCGCCGCGCGGCCUGCCACCUGGCCAUGACGCUGCUCGGCCGCCUCGAGCAGCUCGAGCACCAUCAACUGCUGCACCCCGGCGCCUCUUCCCCGACUCUCGCCCUGAUCCAGCCGAAAAAGAUGCUCCAGCGCAUUGUCCGCGGCCACGCCGACACGUUUGUCUGCCAGGCCGUGUGGCCGCGCUGUGAGCAGCUUCUCGCCAAGGUCCUGGCUGCAUCUACCAACACGGACUCUCCCACGUCCACUUCUACCCCCUCCGACCCCGACACCUACACCUAUUCUCUCCGUCAUGCGGUCGCGCUCUCGCUCAUCCGCCGACGAAACGCCGCUCUGCGCCCCGAGAUGUCGGUCGAGAUGGAGCAGGCCAUCCACAUGCUGCUGCCGCUGGACGACGCCAUCCGCCAUGCGGUCGACUUUGCGGCACAUUUUGCCGACUUUGUCCGUCUCGACCAGGCCGAGGCCGUGCCGUUUGUCGUGCGCUGGUGUGCAUCGAUUCACCGUCCCGGGCUGGCCAAAGUGUAUGUGGCAGCCCGGCUGAUUGGCGAGCUGUGUGGCAACGACGCGCGUCUCGUGACGGAUCACGUGCUUGCCUUUCUCUCGUCCGAUCGCCGCGACAAGACGGAAGUGCCAAAGACAGGCCAGAAGCAGAAUACAUCCGCAAACCAACGUCGGCUACACGUUCUGCACGACCGCCAGCACGAAGGCAACAAGGCGCUGUACCAGCUGGUAGGCCUGCUGACAGAACGUGGUCUCUUUGUGCCGGGAAACUACCUGGCGCUGCUGAUCCUGCAGAGCCGACCGUCGGACCCGGCCGAGAUCGUGUCCAACGGCCGGCCACAGGUGCGACUGGCGGCCGAGCUGCCGGUGGCUCUGCUGGACCGACCGACAAGCAACCUGCGGGCCAACACGUUGCGGCGGCUCGGCUACGACACGGCAUUUGAGGCCGAUGACCUGAACGGGAUCCUACAAGAAGUCGAAGCCGUGCUGGAGGAGCAGGCCAACCACGAACAGACUGAUGAUACGACCAUGAAAGACGCUCCCACGUCUUCGCUACGGCCUCACAUGUCGUUUGCGCUGCUGGCCCGCUGCGUCGAGGAGCGCAGUCGCAACGUCAAGAUGGCCGUGGCCGCAUGGCUGGACGGUCACGUGGUGACGCCGAUACAAGCUGCAGCGACGACAUCACCCAUGGCGUUGGAGAGGGUCAACGCUGUCCAGACGCUGAUCGAGAAGACGGAUGACCUCGGACUGCUGGCACGAUUCCUGCUAGCACUGACGCGCAGUCCCCAGAGUUUAGCAGUGCUGGCGAUGUGUGCCGACACAACCAGCUUACACUUGGCGGCAUUUGUGGCGCUCGGCCAGGCGCGGCAGCUAUACGACCAGGUAAUGAGCCGGGCGCUGGCCGCUACGGUCGCCGUCGACGUCGGCACGUCCACCACCUUCCAGACGAUGCUGCGACCGGGCACUGAUCUGCGGCCGCUGCUGCUGGCACUACCAGCGUUGGCCGACAAGAUGCUGCCGCCCAGUGCGCCGGGAAGUCUUGUUCUCGGCGUCGAGGGUCAGCCUCUUCGACUUGUGGCAAGAAACGCUGCUGCUGCUGCUGGUGGUUCUAUGACUCAGCAGCCAACUGGCAACGACAUCAGCCAGAGACACUACGAGGCCGGGCCCCCGAGAUGGCAGCCGGCCUGCAGCGUCGACUAG